UUCUCACGGCUUGGGAGUCCAAACACUCCAUUUCUCCCUUUUUCUAUCAUUGGAAACAGGAAAAGAAGAAAAAUACUGCUACUACUAGUACUAAUACUGUUAGAUUUUUAUUCUCUCUUUCUCUCAAUUAAAUUAGAGUUGUAAUUUUAUUUUUCCCUAAAUGACAUGAAAGCCCUAGCUUGAGACCGCCGCCUUUGCAAUUUCGAGUAACAGCAACGUAAAACGCGCGCAUUUUCAGGGUGAAGAGGAUGGGAUAUCUUUACUAGGGUUAAGAAAAAUUUAUAUGUGUUAAAAGAAUAAAAUUGAAUUUACACUGGACAACGAUUUGGAUUUUGAGUUAAGUUUGGUAUAUAGUGGUUAUUGUUAUUGGGAAUGGCAGAAGAUAGCCUCCGGAUUGGCGGGCUUUCUUCUGGUUUGGCUGUGAUAUUAAAUAGUGAGGAUGAGAAGGAAAAUUUGUCGAAAGCCCGUCUCAUAUCAUAUUGUGAUGAUUUUGGUCAUCAAUCCGUGGAGAGAGCUCUUGAAUAUGUCUUUGGACUUCCCAAUAAAUCACUUGGUCCGUUGAGUGGUCCCAUUGACAGCAUUCUAAUUCGUUCUAUUAUAAAAAAUCACUUGUAUUUAAAUUCAGAGGCUUUGGUUAGUAACAGGGAUGGGGUUGGUAUUGUUAACAAUGGCAUGGGACCCGAUGUCGUUGGUCUUGAAGAAUUCAGUAUUUGUGGUGAAAUUAGAAUCAUUAAGCCGCCUUUGCUUUUAGAGAGCUUAGCAGUGUUCAGUAGCGCCAGAGCUAACGCCUGUGUUUGGAAAGGGAAAUGGAUGUAUGAAGUAAUUUUGGAGACUUCUGGUAUACAACAGCUUGGAUGGGCUACUAUUUCCUGUCCAUUCACUGACCAUAAGGGUGUAGGUGAUGCUGAUGAUUCAUAUGCUUUUGAUGGCAGAAGAGUUAGCAAAUGGAACAAGAAACCUGAGCCGUAUGGUCAGUCAUGGGUGGCAGGUGAUGUAAUUGGAUGCUGUAUAGACUUGGAUCAUGAUGAGAUUUCAUUCUAUAGGAAUGGUGUUUCUCUUGGACUGGCAUUUUCUGGCAUUCGGAAAAUGGGGCCUGGAUUUGGAUAUUAUCCUGCAGUUUCUCUUUCUCAGGGUGAACGGUGUGAAUUGAAUUUUGGUGCUCGCCCCUUUAAAUACCCAAUUGAUGGCUACCUUCCCCUUCAAGCACCUCCUGCUUUUAGUUCUUUUGCAAAGCAGUUGCUGGAUUGCUUAUCAAGGCUGUUGGAUAUGCAAUCUGUGGAGCGAGCUGAGCGGACUUCAGUUGAAAAAUUGAGGAGACUGAAGAGGUUUGUUUCACUUGAAGAAAUAUUUCAUCCUGUAUCUCAUGGGAUAUGCGAGGAGUUCUUCUCUGUUGUUGAAGCAGAUUGUCAAAGUGCUGAAUAUAUUGGGUGGGGUCCUCUUCUGUUGUUCUUGAUGGGGAUAUUUGGAGUACAGGCACCGCAUGAUCUGUUGAGUUUGGAUAGAGUACUUGAUGUCUUUCUAGAAUUCCAAGGAUCACAUGUUAUGUUUGAGCACAUCAUAAAUGCUCUUUCAUGUGGUUGCAAGACAGCAUCAUUGGUUUUGACAGAAUGCCCCUAUUCAGGAUCAUAUUCUUAUCUUGCGUUGGCGUGCCAUUUAGUAAGACGUGAAGAAUUGAUGGUGUUGUGGUGGAAGUCAUCAGAUUUUGAUUUCUUAUUUGAAGGUUUUCUAUCGCGGAAGAGUCCAAACAAGCAGGACCUUCAGUGCAUGAUUCCUUCUGUUUGGUGGCCUGGUUCUUGUGAGGAUGUGUCGUCUGAAAGUAGCAUGUUGUUGACAACUACAGCUUUAUCUGAUGCAGUUAGUAAGAUUGAGGAAAAGCAUAGGGACCUCUGUCUCUUAGUCAUACAGUUCAUGCCUCCUAUAUCACCUCCCCAAUUUCCUGGUUCUGUAUUCAGGACAUUUGUACAGAACCUUUUAUUGAAGAAUCGAGGAGCUGAUCGAAAUGUGCCGCCUCCUGGGAUUUCAAGCAAUUCUGUUCUUGUUUCUUUGUACACUGUUAUUCUCCAUUUUCUAUCAGAAGGCUUUGGAAUAGGGAAUAUUUGUGGGUGGUUGAAGAGCUGUGAUUCCCAUGGUCAUGAUAUUGGUUUUCUUCAUAGAGGUGGCCACCAAAGUUUCCCCAUAGGUUUGUUUCUCAAGAAUGAUUCACAUAGAGCUGACAUUUCUAGGCUUGGAGGAUCAUUCGGUCACCUAUCAAAAUCUCAUCCCCUGCAUGAUCAGGAAGCAGAAGUUAUUCGGUGGGAGGAAGGCUGUAUGGAUGAUGAAGAAACAAGAGUAACUCAUUUAACCAAACAGAAACCAUGUUGUUGCUCAUGCUAUGAUGUGGAGUUUACAAAGUGCUCUAAAUAUCCUGUCAGAACUGCAACUAAAAGUUCCCGUCACCAUUGCAGCUCUAUUCCAGAAAGAUCUGCUCAGGUUGCUGCAGAAUGUAGCACAGGAAGUUUGAAUGAUGAGAUAGCAGAUAAACCUAGUUCCAGUGAUCAGUCAGAAUCAGAGUUUGGUUAUCAUCCAGUCCAGCAUAUGAGGACUGUACCUAGGGACAGUGAUGUGUCUUCAACCACUCUAAGAGAGGAAGAACUUCUGGAUGCUUUGCUAUUAUUGUAUCACAUCGGUCUUGCACCAAACUUUAAGCAGGCGUCAUAUUACAUGUCUCAACAGUCACAGUCGAUAUCCCUCCUGGAAGAAGCGGAUAAACAAAUACGGGAACAAGCUUGCAGUGAGCAAUUAAAGCGUUUGAAGGAGACUCGUAAUAAAAAUCGUGAAGAAGUUAUUGAUUGUGUCAGACAUUGCACAUGGUAUCGUGUCUCUCUAUUUUCCCAAUGGAAGCAGAGAGGAAUGUAUGCCACAUGCAUGUGGAUUGUGCAAUUGCUACUGGUUCUUAGCAAAUUGGAUUCAGUGUUUAUCUACAUCCCUGAGUUUUACCUUGAAGCUCUGGUUGACUGCUUUCAUGUCUUGCGUAAGAGUGAUCCUCCAUUUGUCCCGCCUGCAAUAUUUAUCAAGCAAGGACUUACUUCAUUUGUGACAUUUGUAGUUACCCACUUCAAUGAUCCAAGAAUAUCAAGUGCAGACUUAAGGGAUCUUCUUCUCCAGUCAAUAUCAGUCCUGGUGCAGUACAGGGAGUAUUUGGCAGCUUUUGAGAACAAUGAAGCAGCCAAACAGACUAUGCCAAAGGCAUUACUAUCAGCAUUUGAUAACCGAUCUUGGGUACCAGUUACUAAUAUUCUUCUGCGGCUAUGCAAGGGUUCUGGAUUUGGUUCUUCUAAGCAUGGAGAAUCUUCAUCAUCCUCAGUUAUUUUCCAGAGACUUCUGCGUGAAGCUUGCAUCAAUGAUGAAGAGUUGUUCUCAGCUUUUCUCAAUCGUCUGUUCAACACUCUUAGCUGGUCAAUGACUGAAUUCUCUGUUUCCAUUCGAGAAAUGCAAGAAAAAUACCAGGUAUUGGAGUUUCAGCCGAGAAAAUGCUGUGUCAUAUUUGAUCUCUCAUGUAAUCUUGCAAGGGUGUUGGAAUUCUGUACCUAUGAGAUCCCUCAAGCAUUCCUCACAGGCCCUGAUACAAACCUUAGAAGGCUGACCGAGUUGAUUGUUUUUAUUCUGAACCAUGUAACUACAGCAGCAGACUCUGAAUUUUUUGACUUGUUACUUAGACGGCAUGGUCAAUCUUUAGAGAAAGUAAACAGAGGCAUGAUAUUAGCCCCUCUAGUAGGGAUCAUUGUAAAUUUGUUGGAUGCUAGUGCAGAGGCAGAAUUGAAGGAAGAGAAUGAUGUUGUGAGUGUAUUUGCAAGCAUGGAUUGCCCUGAAACCAUGCAUUAUGGUUUCCAGUACCUGUUAGAGUAUAAUUGGGCUACAUCUUUUAGAGGAGAAGCAUAUCUUCCUAAACUUUGUCAGCUAGAGGAUUUCUUGAGCCUCCUCAUCAGCCAUACUGAGCCACAGAAGAUUGAGGGGCUGCAAUGUGGAGUAACGGAUGCAGACGACGGUAUGUGCUGUAUCUGUUAUGCUUGUGAAGCAGAUGCACAGUUUGCACCAUGUUCUCAUAGGUCUUGCUUUGGUUGCAUAACUAGGCAUCUUUUAAAUUGUAAAAGAUGUUUCUUUUGCAAUGCUACGGUGUUGGAAGUCGUCAGAACCAUAGAAAAGACAGUUGAAAGAUAAUAAUGAAUGUUAAUGUUACUCUUGAGGGCCAGAAAUGCGCGGAAAGAAAGACAAGGAAAGGGAAAAGCAGCAUCUUUUUUCUUUUCUUUUUUUUUUUUUUUUUACCGUUAGUAUUCACUAUAUGUGUUGCUAUUUAGAUAGCGAUUUAUCUUGUUGUGUAUAAGCGUUUGCAAGGUAAAAGGUAAAAAGGGAUUGGGAAAAGAAAUCCUGGGUAAUUUUGUAGGCCGAGUCGAGGGCAAUUAUUCUGUAAAUAUGAGAUGUAAAUGGCAAGGAAAAUCAAAAUCCUUUGGAAAGCACUCACA